AUGGAUGAAUAUUAUUGUAAGGCAUAUCUAGAUAUGUCUUCAAUAGAUGUAUUACGCGACAAUGAUCCGUAUCUACAUAUAGAAUUCGAUUACACGACUACUCGUGUUUCAAGCGAUGAAAUGAAUUCAUCUUUAAGCGAUACUAUACAUUAUAACUUUUCAUAUGUGUCCGAAGAUAGAGUGAUCCGAAAAGCUACCAUUGUAUCAUGGCUUUCUGAAGUGGGUGUUCCUGAAGAUGCUUUUGCAUUGGUGGUAGAAGAAAUUUCGCAAUGUGUUAGUGAGAUGGGUAGUGGGAUGUAUAAGAACUUGAGGGAUCUCUUUAUUCAAGUUGAUUUUUCUGUUACACGUAAUUCUAAAGAGUGUGAUGAAGAUGAAGAGAGCAAUUGUUUGGACAAGAAUGAAGAGGAAAUGAAAGUUGAAGAAGAUGAAGAUAACCAUAAUAAAGAUGAAUGGAGUUAUAGAUGGGAAGAGGAAGAAAUGGAGAUUGAAGUACAAGAUAAUGGGUUGACUCCAACUGAUACAUGGACUUUUGUUGAAGAUGAUCACGGUGAAAACGAGUAUGGAGAUGAAUGGGACUCUUAUUGGGAUGAGGAAAUGAGAAUAGAAGAAGAUAAUAGAUCGGUUAUUGAAGUUGAAGUUGAUGAUGAUUAUAGCUUCGAUAUUGAAGUUGAAAAUGAUGAUGAUUAUAGCUUCGAUAUUGAAGUUGAAAAUGAUGAUGAUUAUAACUUCGAUAUUGAAGUUGAAAACGAAAAUGAUGAAGAUCAAUGGAACUAUGGUUGGGAAGAGGUAAUCGGAAUUGAAGAAGAAUAUAUUAGGUUUGUUCCUGCGGCGCCGUCAUGCAUUGAAGGAUUGAAGAUGGUAACAAUCGAAGAAGCGGAAAAAUGUACUAUUUGUCACGAAGAUUUUAAUGUUGGUGUUUGUAUGCCAUGUUCGCAUAUGUUUCAUACGAACUGUAUUAAGGAAUGGUUGAAUGUAGGCAACUCUUGCCCUUUAUGUAGAUUUCAGCUACCUACUAGUAGCACAGAUGAAUAA